AUGGACCUCGAAAAUGUUCAGACUGAGACCUCAAAGGAAGGAACGAUCUUCAAGUUAGACCUUACUGCCAGAGUGUGUGAUGGGGAUCCGGAGGGGGUUAUACCCAGAGAACUGGAUAAUGUGCACCUUACUGCACCAGGACCAAGAGGAGCUGAAGCAGCUGAAGUUCCAGGUGAGCGCUUAGGUCUCAGGCUUCACUCCCUUGGACGUCAACAAGCCACCUUCUGUUGUUUUCGCUUCUGCUCCACAUAGCCUGGGAUGGGAAGCGGCCAGGUCCAUUACUCGCUGCAGGAGGAAGCUAGACACGGUACGUUUGUGGGGCGCAUCGCGCAGGACCUGGGCCUGGAGGUUGGGGAACUGGUGUCUAGGUUGUUCCGGGUCGUGUCCAAGGGCCGCACGGACUACCUGGAGGUAAAUGUGCAGAAUGGUAUUUUGUUUGUGAAUUCUUGGAUCGACCGUGAGGAACUGUGCGGUCGCAGCCCUGUUUGUAGCAUCCACCUGGAGGUGAUCGUGGACAAGCCACUGCAGGUUUUUCAUGUGGAGGUGGAGAUUAAGGACGUUAAUGACAACCCUCCGGUAUUCCCAACGAAGUCAAAAAAUCUCUUUUUUUCAGAAUCCAGGCCACUAGACUCUACUUUUCCGUUAGAGGGAGCAUCCGAUGCAGAUACAGGGACUAAUGCUCUGCUGAGCUAUAGGCUUAGUCCGAAUGAAUAUUUCUCUUUGGAUGUACAGACAAAUGAGGAACUGAGUCAAUCUCUGUCCCUUGUGCUCAGGAAACCUCUGGACCGAGAGGAAACAUCAAGGGUUAAUUUAUUGUUAAUCGCCACAGACGGGGGCAAACCAGAACUCACAGGGACCGUUCAUUUGCUCAUUAAGGUGCUGGAUGUGAAUGAUAAUGAACCAGUGUUUGACCAAUCACUUUAUAAAGUCCGAUUACUUGAAAAUACAGCAAACGGAACAUUGGUGAUCAAACUGAAUGCUUCUGACUCAGAUGAAGGAUCCAAUAGCGAGGUCAUUUAUUCUUUCAGUAGUGAUGUUCCUUCAACUGUGCAGAACAAGUUCAAAAUAGAUGCUAGGACCGGGGAAAUUAGAAUUAAGGGGCAAUUGGAUUAUGAAGAAGCCAAAUCAUAUGAAAUUCAGGUAAUUGCUUCUGAUAAGGGAACUCCAUCAAUGUCUGGCCACUGUAAAGUCUCACUGAAAGUUCUGGACAUCAAUGAUAACGCCCCUGAGGUAUUCAUCACCUCACUAUCACUGCCAGUUCGAGAAGAUGCCUCUCCAGGCACAGUUAUUGCCCUCAUCAGCGUGUCGGACCGUGACUCGGGUGCCAACGGGCAAGUGACUUGCUCACUUUCUCCCCAAGGGUCCUUUACACUGGUUUCUACCUUCAGGAAUUACUAUUCACUAGUGCUGGAGGGACUACUGGACCGCGAAAGCGUGCCUGCCUAUGAGCUGGUGGUCACUGCCAGGGAUGGUGGUACGCCAGCCCUUUGGGCCGAGACCAGCUUGUCUGUGGGAAUCUACGACGUAAAUGACAAUGCGCCGGUCUUCGAGCAGCCAGAGUACACUGUAUUUGUGAAGGAGAACAACCCUCCUGGUUGCCACAUCUUCACAGUGUUAGCAUCCGACACGGAUGCAUUGGAGAACUCUCUAGUGUCUUACUCGCUGGUGGACCGACAAGUGGGAGAACGUCUACUGUCCAGUUAUGUGUCUGUGCACUCGGAGAGCGGGAAAGUGUACGCCCUGCAGCCCCUGGAUCACGAGGAGCUGGAGUUGCUGCAGUUUCAGGUGAGCGCCCGCGACGCGGGCUUCCCUCCUCUGGCCAGCAAUGUAAGCCUGCAGGUGUUCGUGCUUGAUGAGAACGACAACGCGCCAGCUGUGCUACCACCUCACGCCGGCAUUAGUUCAGUAUCAGAGCUGGUAUCACAGUCGGUAGCAGCAGGUCAUGUGGUGGCGAAGAUCAGAGCUGUGGAUGCAGAUUCGGGUUAUAAUGCAUGGCUGUCUUACGAAUUGCAGCCAGAGGUGGGUGUAAGUCGCAGCCCUUUUCGCGUGGGAUUGUACACUGGAGAGAUCAGUACGAUUCGGGCCCUGGAGGAGUCGGAUGGACCGAGACAGACGCUGUUAGUGUUGGUGAAAGACCAUGGGGAGCCUCUUCUGUCUGCCACAGCUACAGUGAUCUUGUCUUUAGUUGAGAGUGGACUCUCAGUGAAGGCCUCAUCUGGGAUAGCUCGCCAGUCGGAGGUGGUGGACAUGUCGAAAGAGAAUGUCUUGGGAGACGUGAACGUCUAUCUAAUCAUAGCCAUCUGCGCUGUGUCCAGUCUCUUGGUGCUAAGCUUGUUGCUGUAUGUGGCUCUAAAAUACUCCACUCCCUUUCGGGCUGUCUACAGUCCUGGGAAGCCCACACUAGUAUGCACUAGUGGAAUGAAUAGCUGGUCAUAUUCCCAGAAGCGAGGGCAGAGGAUUUGCUCCGGAGACGGGAUAUUCAAGAACGACCUCAUGGCCUUCAGUCCCAACCUCCCUUCGUGUCCUUCUUCUGAGGACAGAAGUCCACAGCCAGAGUUAGGUUCUGCUCCUUCUUGUAAGGUGAGUUGA